AUAAACUUUAUGAAGUUCCAAAUACAGUUGAAAAAAUGAAAGAUUUAAUUAGAGUGUUGGCUAGCAUGUGGAGAGUAAAGAAAAUGAUCACAGACUGUAUGGAGACAGUUAACACGAGUAUUCAAGAUCCAACCGAGUUCUUACAAGAAAUAAUCGGCAUAGAAUCGCCACUAUCUGAAAUAGACUUUCCGUGGUCUAUUGAUUCCAUUAUGAUGUAA